UACUGUCCAAUGCAACUCGGUGGCUCUGGAAAUCAUUGGCUGGAGUUUUUCGAGCCCUGCCCGUUCCACAGAUGAUUGACUUGUUUAAUUUUCAUGUCAGUACUUCUAACUCAGUGGCUGUAAGUGGGUUAUGAUAAGGAUUUCAAGUAAUUUUGCAAAAAUGGCCAAAAAAGCGAAUAGGGCUUGGGUGUCAUGACGUAAUUACUUUGCGUGGCCGCCAUGUUGAUGGCCUCCUUUACCGCUACCUGCCGCUACUCAGACUACUGCCUAUGACUACUGCGCACUGUACUCCCUCUCAGCCGUGUUUUAAUUUGAUUAAUUUCACCUUAUUACUUGAUUUCAACCAUGGUAAACCGUUGCUGUAUUGUGGGCUGUAACAGCGCAACACAUGAUCGCCAUGGGAAAAAGAUAGAAAAUGGGUUAACUUUCCACCGCUUUCCUGCCUGGAGGCGCAACCACGGAGACCAAGUGUCGGAGAUAACGAAGAGUCGUCGGCUCGCUUGGAUCGCGGCUGUAAGACGACCGAACAUAACUUUCCACAGUAUCCCGAUGUCGAUGAGAGUGUGUUCCCUGCAUUUUCAUUCUGGAAAACCAGCAAAUGAAAUGUACAACUCGCAUCCGGAUUGGGCACCAUCACUACACUUGGGCCACACUGAGAUGAAGGCCACAAAGACUGCACGCUAUGAGAGACAGAACAAAAGAAAACGGCAAAGGACUGACAGUACACCUGCGAUGGAUGAGACAGUUAUUGAUGACCUUGUUCCACCAGUGGAGACACCAGCACCAGCAGAGGAUGGAGCUGACCAGACACUGCUGACAGAAUGUGACUUCUGUCAGCGUCGGCGUGCUGAAAUCAACCGGCUGCUGGAAGAGAACAGGACCCUGAAAUGUGAGCUUGGCCAGAGAAAAAUGGAUGAACAUUUCCUGAAGGAUGACAACGUCAAAGUGAAAUACUACACUGGACUUCCAGACCUUGAAGUUGUCAUGGGUGUUCUAGCCUGUGUUGGACCGUACAUGACACAGAGUAGUAAACUUCUGCCACCUUUUCAGAUGCUUUUCCUGACCCUCAUGCGCCUUAGACUAAACUUACCUUUACAACACAUUUCCCACCUCUUUCGUGUAGACAGAAAAACUGUUUCCAAAACGUUCAGUGACACCAUAAAUGUUCUGCAUGCGCGCACCAGCCCUUUGAUUAACUGGCCAGGGCGAGAUGCGUUGCAUGCAACUAUGCCCCAUCAGUUUGUGGAGGCCUUUGGGAAGCGUGUUGCUGUUAUUCUGGACUGUUUUGAAAUAUUCAUACAGACACCAUCAAAUCUUAAAGCUCGAGCUCAGUCAUAUUCCCACUACAAACACAACACAACUAUGAAGUUCCUUAUUGGUAUUACACCACAGGGCUCAAUUUCUUUCAUUUCCAAGGGAUGGGGGACGCGUCAGUGAUAAGCACGUAACUGAUAAAUGUGGGAUUCUGGACAAACUGUUACCUGGGGAUUUGGUGUUGGCUGACCGC